AUGGCCGAGUUCUCGUACGCCGCCAUCGGCGAGCGGGAUUUCCGAAUCCUCUCGCUGUCACCAGGAAAAUCCGAUGAGCCCCUCCGCGGCGAGCUCCUGGUCCGCCCCAUCGACACCUACAUCGACGAGGCCAGUAAACACGAAGGCGAGUUGCCCGAGUCGGCAGACUCGUACGAGGCCGUCUCCUACGUCUGGGGCUCCGACGACAAGCCCCGGCGCAUCGCCUCGCCCGCCGGCGCAGAGAUCGCCAUCACCGAGAACCUCUACCACUGCCUCAGGCGCAUUCGCCUCGGCGACCGUCCGCGCCUCGUCUGGGUCGACGCCCUGUGCAUCAACCAGUCCGACGACCGGGAGAAGGAGUCGCAGAUCAUGCUCAUGCACGACAUCUUCGUCAGCGCCCGCCGCGUGCUCGCCUACCUCGGCGAGGAGGCCGACGGCAGCAAGCGGGCCGUCGAGCUGAUCCAGAAGUACUGGCGCAUCAACAUCCCGAACCCCCUCAACGCCGGCGCCCGCGCCUUCGUCGAGAACCUGCUCUCCGAGCCGGUGCCCGACGCACCUGCUGGAAGCGAGGCCGAGCUGCCCCCGCCGGGCGACGAGGAGUGGAUGGCCGUGUCGCGCUUCUGGAACCGCCCGUGGUUCCGCCGCGUCUGGGUCGUGCAGGAGUUCAUCCUGGCGCGCGACGUUCUGAUGAUCUGCGGCGACGAGGCGGUGAACUGGGCAAAGCUGUGGCCCGCCACGAUCGCGCUCGAGGAGCCCGAGAGCCCGCCCUGGCCGCUCGUCAACACCGCCGGCGAGGAGCUCAAGGGCGCGGCCGACUUGAUGGCCAACAUGGCACAGAGGCUGCGCUUCUUCCAGCUCGGCUCCAUGAGGGGCAACUCGGACGAGCAUGGUCACGGAGACGACGACGGACAUGAGCACGGGGGUGGAUGCUGUGGAGGUCAUGGUAGCCACGACCACGGUCACGACCACGACCACGACGAGGAGGAAGAGGACGACAAAGACGCCGAAGAUGCCGAGGAGGGCGAUGAUGAUGAAGAUGAUGGAGAGUGGGAGUCAGAGGACGGAGACGAUUCCGGCCGCUCGACAGAUCUCCUCAGCCUGCUGCUGUCCUUCCGCGAAGUCGAGGCCACCGACCCGCGGGAUCUCUACUUCGCGCUCCUCGGCCUCGCCUCCGAUGGCGACAGAGAGGAGUUCCGCCCCGACUACUCGGCCACCUUUGAACAGACCGCCCUCCGCUUCGCACGCACGCUCCUCCACGAGCCCUUCAGCGAGGAGCUGCUCGACCACGCCGGCAUCGCCAACAGCCUCAACGGCGCCGACUUCCCCUCCUGGAUCCCCGACUUCCGCCGGCCCUGGCGUCGCAUGACGGUCGCCGACGCCGCCGAGUCCGAGGCGGCCGGCGAGACGGACUUCGACUUCGGCUUCGACCCCAACGAGGCGGACGACGUGCUCCUCCUCAUGGGCGUCAAGGUCGACACCAUCUCCCACGCGACAGACCUCCCGCGCCCGGCGCACCUGCACGCCGAGCAGCCGUCCCUCUGGGUAAAACGCGACAUGGUGACGCUCUCCAAGCUGCUGGCCGGCAUCCCCGGCUUCGAGGACGCGACGUACCCGACGGGCGAGACGGGCGUCGAGGCGGUGCUGCGGACGCUCACGUUCUUCCGCACCGAGGCGGACGAGGCGGACGGGCACGGCGAGGACGGCGAGGGCGACAACGAGGUCCCGAUGACAACGCUGAAGCUGGCGUACCGCACCUGCACGGCGGUCGAGGACGACGACCUCGACGGCUCGCGGCCCGAGAGGGAGGCGCUGCGCAGGGAGAUCAUGCUGUCCGGGUGCACGGCCAAGGAGGCGGGCGAGGCGCUCGAGGCGGCGGCGCAAGUGCUCAUCAACCGCGUGUUCCCGAUGCGCGCGGCGCUGGACCUCGUGCUGGCCCGGGGCGGGCGGUACGUCGGCAUGGUGCCGGAGGGGUGCGAGGCGGGCGACGAGAUCUGGGUGCUGAAGGGGUGUAACGCGCCCUUCGUGCUGCGGAGGAGCGCCGAGAGGGAGGGCGCGAGGCGCAUCGUCGGCGCGGCCUACGUGCACGGCAUCAUGAACGGCGAGGCCGUCGAGGAGGGCGUCGAGUUCGAGCCCGUGUCGAUUCACUGA